UCGAGAACCCAAACAGAGCUCCAAGGAAAUGGCGUUCCGGAAAACCCUAGCUAAGAUCUACUCCCAGAUCCGAGCACCAAUGGCGGCAACGACGAGCUCCGAUGCACUACGGCGGCGGAUGGUGUCGGAAUCCGGCGUGGAAGAAGGGUUGCUUCGCCGGAUGCUCCAGCGACGGCCGAUCUUUCAGGCGGCGGUGCCGCCUGAUCGGUGGAUCCCCACUGGGGAUCGGCUCAUUGAGCGGAUCCGGGGGUUGAAUCGGGAUCGAAUCCGGCUCGAUUGCUUGGUUCCUCCGCCGGAGGAAAAGGAGGAGGAGGAGGAGGUGAGAGGGAGAGUAUCGAUGGAGGAGGUGAAGAAGGUGCUCAGAGCUUCGCAAAUGGAGACAGUGCGGGCGAGGCUGAGGGAGAUCCCGAGGAGCAGCAUCGCGUAUUCGGAGUUUGUUGAGAUUUGCUGCAAGGAAUCGGGAUCUCAACAUGGAAUGGGGAUUGCUAGGGCUCUCGAUGAAUCUGGAGCUGUGAUCGUUCUCGGAAACGUGGUUUUCCUUCGUCCCGAUCAGGUUGUGAGAGCAAUAGAAAGCGUAGUAACACCAAAUCCAAAUCCCAAGACACAAAAAAAUGAUCCAAGAAAAAAAGAACUGGAAGAGCUAGAAAAGAAGAAGACAGAGAUAGAUAACAAAGCAGAAACACAAGUGAAAAGAGAACUAUGGUUUGGUCUUGGCUUGCUAAUUCUCCAAACCGGUGGGUUCAUGAGGUUAACAUUCUGGGAACUCUCAUGGGACGUUAUGGAACCCAUUUGUUUCUUUGUCACUUCAAUCUAUUUCAUGGCCGGUUAUGCCUUUUUUCUCCGGACUUCUAAAGACCCUUCUUUUGAAGGGUUCUUUGAGAGUAGGUUUGUGGCUAAACAGAGACGUCUUAUGCUUGAUGGUGGUUUUGAUGCUCAGAGAUUUUAUGAUCUUAAAAAGGCUUUUGGAAGGAGUAGUGGGAGAGAAGAGCUUGUGUCCUGUGAUUGUCAUUAUAAGAGGACUAGUUUUAUUGCUGCUCCGCAUUAGAGUUGGGAUAUUUUUGGAUUUAAUAAAUUGGAAGGGGACAAAUUAAUUAUUAGAGUUUUAUUUGGGAGAUAAUUAAUUUGAAAAAUGUUGUAAAAUAUUGAGAAUGGUGACUCUAGAUUUUAUAUUAAAAGAUGAGAAAAAAUUAAAUUAAA